CACCUUAUCUUCGUGCUCUAUAAAUAUCUCACUCUCCCUCCCCGUUUUGGCCUAUUGUGUGCGUGCUGCGUGUGUGUGUGUGUGUGUGUGAGAGAGAGAGAGAGAGAGAGAGAGAGUCGGUGACCGUUGGCUUGCGCUGAAGCUUCCGUCUUACUGUAAGAUCUGGUCGAGGAGUUCGGAUUGAGAUUCUUUCUAGUUGUUAAGAUUUGCUUGCCAAGAUAAAAAAAAAUGGAGGUAUUUGGCAAAUCUAUGGUAACUGUACCUACAAAUGUUAUUUAUUUGUCGAGUAUUCUGGGCCAAGAUGGGCCUAACCCUGUUCAUAAGUGUGACUGGAAAUGUGAAAACGAACUUGUAUGUGGGAAUAUGUAUCGCUGCAGGCUAACUGGACAGAUGCACAUUUGUGACAAAAACUGUAACCAGAGAAUUUUGUAUGAUAACCAUAGCUCACUCUGCAGAGCGAGCAAGCAGGUUUUUCCUUUAACACAAGUUGAACAACAAGCUGUGAGAGGUGUCCGGAGGAAGCUCGAUGCUGAGAGUUUCUCCACGGCAGAGAGCUGUUCUUUCAAGCGCAGAAGGGAUGCACAGCGUCAUCCCUCGCCAUUUGAGAGAUCAUUUACUGCUGUUAGCCCAAUCUGCAGUCAGAUUGGAGAGGGCAUGGAUAUGAGCUAGAUACUGUAGCUGCUUUCUUGCUAUCUUUGGCCUUCCUAACCCCCCGCCCCCUUUACUUUUUCCCUAGGACUAGAUAUGUGUAAAAGAACUUGGUCGUUACUUUGUUGGCGGACAUGACCACCCGGCCCUUUAUCAGUAAAAACAUUGUCUUCGGUAUUCUUGCUUAUUAUUGAGAAAGGAUGGUGGAACCGUAUUUUGUAACCUUUAUAUUACUUCUUUCUUCCUA